UUCUGCUGGGGACACCCUACGGACCAAGGACCCGCCCAGACCACUUUUAGGGACCACUGCGGGGCGGGCUCGGCGGGAGGAGGUGCUGCGCUCAAGGAGCCUAUGAGGAGCUGUUCCACCACUCUGAUGCUGAAUCCAGCUCUCACUCUCGAACGAGGUGCUUUCAGUUAUUGGCAAAGUCGGCUCCAAGAGGUGCCCUGGAGUGUGGAUCUGACCCUUUAAGAAAGAGGAUCCGUAGGAAGACGAGGCAGGCGAGGAAGCCAAGCACAGAAGGGAACAGUUGCAGGAACUGUAAACGUCGAUCACAGCUCCCAUCUCAGAGGAAGUCCUGCUGCUGUUUCCGUGGAGUAUCUGAGGAUCAGGAUGGAGUGAAAGGAGGAGAGUCAUUUCAAGGGGGUGGGAGGGGGUCAGGCUCUGCGGAGGAGAGGGAACAUUGAAAUAGAGAAAAAGGAAGAGAGAAAAACCAACGCUUGUGCCUGCGAAUUUGGGAUUCUAUUGGAAGAAAUCUCUCACUCAGGGGGAAAUGGAUUCUCUACAAAGACUGAACGGCCUUUUGACUUUGGUGUUCUCUGCCUUGUGGCAUUUAGGAUUAACAGCGUCAAACUACAACUGUGAUGACCCACUGGCCUCCUUCUUCUCACCCAUGACUUUCUCCAGUUCCUUAGAUCUCACUGGAAGUUACAGCUCAGCUCAACUGAACUGGAAAAUGGGAACUGGUGGUUGGUCCCCAGUAGAUUCGAAUACCCAACAAUGGCUCCAGAUUGACCUCGGAAACAGAGUGGAGAUUACAGCUGUAGCCACACAGGGAAGAUAUGGGAGCUCUGACUGGGUGACAAGCUAUCGCCUGAUGUUCAGCGACACAGGGCACAACUGGCAACAUUACACUCAAGAAGACAGCAUCUGGACAUUUGUAGGAAAUAUGAAUGCCGACAGUGUGGUUCACCACAGACUGCUGCACUCCAUAAGAGCGCGAUUUGUUCGUUUUGUCCCCCUGGAGUGGAAUCCAAAUGGAAAGAUUGGCAUGAGAGUGGAGGCCUAUGGAUGCUCCUAUAGAUCAGAUGUAGCUGACUUUGAUGGCCGGAGCUCACUUUUAUACAGGUUCAAUCAGAAGACGGUGAGCACGCUCAAAGAUGUGAUCUCCCUGAAGUUCAAGAGCAUGCAAGGACAUGGGGUUCUCUUCCAUGGAGAAGGACAACGUGGAGACCACAUUACCCUUGAACUCCAGAAGGGCAGGCUAGCUCUAUACUUGAACCUGGAUGACAGCAAAGCUCGGCUGAGCAGCACAGUGCCCUUGGUCAUCAUGGGUAGCCUUCUAGAUGAUCAGCAUUGGCAUUCAGUUCUCCUGGAGCGAGUGGGCAAGCAGGCAAACUUCACUGUGGACAUGAACACACAACACUUCCAGACCAAGGGUGAGACAGAUGCUCUGGACAUAGACUAUGAGCUCAGUUUUGGAGGAAUCCCAGUACCAAGCAAACCUGGGACCUUUGUAAAGAAAAACUUCCAUGGCUGUAUGGAAAACCUUUACUACAAUGGAGUGAACAUAAUUGACUUGGCCAAAAGACGCAAGCAUCAGAUCUACUCAGUGGGCAAUGUCACUUUUUCCUGCUCAGAAUCACAAAUUGUUCCCAUCACAUUUGUCAACUCCAGGAGCAGUUACCUGAUGCUGCCUGGCACCCCCCAAAUUGAUGGUCUGUCAGUGAGCUUCCAGUUUCGGACAUGGAAUGAGGAUGGUCUGCUUCUGUCCACAGAACUGUCUGAAGGCUCAGGGACCCUGCUGCUCAUCCUGGAGGGUGGGACACUGAGGUUCCUGAUUAAGAAAGUGGCAGGACAUGGAACUGAAAUCAAAACAGGCAGUGGCUUAAAUGAUGGCCUGUGGCAUUCUGUCAGCAUCAAUGCCAGGAGAAAUCGUGUUACUCUCACACUGGAUAAUGAUGCUGCUUCCCCAGCUCCAGAAACUUCCCGAAUACAGAUUUAUUCGGGAAAGAGUUACUACUUUGGAGGAUGCCCUGACAAUCUCACUGAUUCUCAAUGCCUAAACCCCAUUAAGGCUUUCCAAGGCUGCAUGAGGCUCAUCUUUAUUGAUAACCAGCCCAAGGACCUCAUUUCAGUUCAGCAAGGUUCCCUGGGGAAUUUUAGUGAUUUACACAUUGAUCUGUGUGGCAUCAAAGACAGGUGUUUGCCAAACUACUGUGAACAUGGAGGACACUGCACCCAAACCUGGACUACCUUCUACUGCAACUGUAGUGACACUGGUUACACAGGAGCCACCUGCCAUGACUCCAUCUAUGAGCAAUCAUGUGAGGUGUAUAGACACAAAGGUCACACAGCUGGGUUCUUCUAUGUUGACUCUGAUGGCAGUGGGCCGCUGGGACCCCUUCAGGUGUACUGCAAUAUUACCGAGGACAAGAUCUGGAUGACGGUUCAGCACAACAACACAGAGCUGACUCGUGUACAGGGUUCCAGCCCUGAGAAGCCCUAUUCCAUGACCUUAAACUACGGUGGCAGUAUGGAGCAGCUGGAAGCUCUGAUUGAUGGCUCUGAAUACUGUGAACAGGAGUUGAAAUACCACUGUAGGAGAUCCCGCCUUCUUAACACACUAGAUGGAACCCCAUUCACUUGGUGGAUUGGCAGGUCCAAUGAAAGGCACCCUUAUUGGGAAGGUUCUGUUCCGGGAGUCCAGCAAUGUGGAUGUGGCCUUGAAGAGAGCUGCCUGGAUAAUCUGUAUUUUUGCAAUUGUGAUGCAGACAUGGAUGAGUGGUCAAACAACACUGGCUUGUUUUCCUUGAAAGAUCAUUUGCCUGUAACUCAUGUAAUUAUAACGGAUACCAACCGAUCAAACUCAGAAGCUGCUUGGAGAAUUGGCCCCUUACGUUGCAAUGGUGACCGGCACUUCUGGAAUGCUGUCUCAUUUUCUACGGAAGCUUCUUACCUCCACUUUCCUACCUUCCAUGCAGAAUUCAGCGCUGACAUUUCUUUCUUUUUUAAAACCACCGCUUUAUCUGGAGUUUUUCUAGAAAACCUUGGCAUUAAAGACUUCCUCCGACUUGAAAUGAGCUCUCCUUCUGAGGUCACAUUCACCAUUGAUGUUGGGAAUGGCCCUGUGGAGCUCCUCGUCCAGUCUCCUUAUCCUCUGAAUGACAAUCAAUGGCAUUACAUCCGGGCUGAGAGAAAUGUCAAGGAGACUUCACUGCAGGUGGACAACCUUCCACUGAGUUUGAGGGAGGCCUCAGAGGAAGCCUAUUUCCGACUUCAUUUGACUAGCCAGUUGUUUGUAGGAGGAACAUCAUCAAGACAGAAAGGCUUUCUUGGAUGCAUGCCCUCUUUACACUUGAAUGGGCAGAACACAGACCUGAUAGAGAGGGCAAAGUUAAUGUCUGGAGUCACACCUGGCUGUCCAGGUCACUGCAGUAGCUACGGCAGCAACUGCCACAAUGGGGGCAAGUGUGUGGAGAAACAAAGUGGCUAUUCCUGUGACUGCACCAAUUCACCAAAUGAAGGACCUUUCUGCCAGAAAGAGAUUUCAGCCCUUUUUGAUGCUGGCACCUCUGUAACAUACAUGUUUCAAGAACCAUACCUGGUGAUCAAGAACACAAGUCUCUUAUCUUCACCUAUCUACACAGAUACAGCUCGAUCCAAAGAAACCAUCAUGCUGAAUUUCUUGACAGCACAAGCCCCCACCAUCUUGCUCUACCUCAAUUUCUCUUCUCAGAAGUUUUUGGCUAUUUUACUUUCCAGCAAUGGAAGUUUACAGAUUCGUUUUCGACUAAGCAAAGGAGAAAGUCAUGUGUAUACCAUGAGCACAGAGAACCUGGCCAAUGGAAGAGUGCACCAGGUGAAGAUUAGCAAAGACGGGCCAGAACUUUCCAUUCAGAUGGACCAGCAACUCUUCAGCUAUAACUUCUCCACGAAAGUUGAAUUCUGGACACUAAAGUCACUUGUUCUAGGCAAAGUCACAGAGACUCUUGGGUUGGACCCAGAAGUUGCUAAAGUAAACAUCUUGGGUUUUCUUGGAUGCCUUUCUUCAGUCCAGUACAAUCACAUAGCACCAUUGAAAGCAGCCCUCCGCCAUGCUGGCAUUGCACCUGUGACUGUUCAAGGAACCUUGACUGAAUCCGGAUGUGACUCCACUCUAGACUCUGAUGUGAAUGCAGUGACCACUGUGCAUUCUUCAUUAGAACCCAUUGGAAAGAGAGAUGAGCGAGAACCACUCACAGACACAGUCCAAAGUGACUCAGCAGUCAUUGGAGGUAUCAUAGCAGUGGUGACAUUUGUCACUUUUUGUGUAAUCGGAAUCAUGAUCUGCUUCCUUUAUCAACAUAAGCAGUCACACUGCACCAAUCAGACGAAGGAGACAUUGAGAAAUGCCAUUGACUUGCAAAACACAGCCAGCGAGUGCAAACGGGAAUACUUCAUCUGAACCAUAGCAGGAUUACCUGGUCUGCCUUUUUUAAACUGUUUUCUCUCUCUUUUCUCUUCUCUUUCCUGUCUUGUAAUUUAGGGAUUCUCUUUCUCUCACUUACCAUUGAUUUUCUGGAACACACAUGAUCCACCAGAAACACCAAUCUCCUUUACCCAGCUUAUGAGCUCAGGUAGUUGUAGCUACUGUAGUCCUUUGACAUAUGUGUCAUUGUGAAAAUGACCAAUGGAGACACAGACUUUUCUAUUUUAAACAAGAAAUAGUCACAUGUGCCUCUCUUUGUAGUCCAGUUUCUAAACUUCACUCAUUAGUUUCUUAGGUACUUGGUCUUGCAACCGUACAUUAGCAUUGAGUUCUGUGGUGUGUGUCUUUAACAAUCAUUCCUGCCUAAUACCUUAUUGUUAUAUAUUUCACCUUUAUGGGAGAAAAUGGAGUUUGUCUGUGACAAAGAAAGCAGUGUUAACUCUUUCUUUAAGCAGUGUGUUUAUCAAGGAGCCCAAUAGAGUAGGAAGGUAGGUAUGAGGGAAUGUAAAUUCACCUUGGAAAGUAACAUUGAUUCUCAAUGCCCUGUGAGAAAGGGGCAUUGGGAGAUAUUAUGUCACAAAGAAAUACAUUUAAAACUGAGA